UUGUCAUGAUGCUGUACAGCCACACUUAAACGCAUGGAAAUUAAUCAAAAUAAGAAAAUUUUUUUAUAUGUUAUUGUAAAUAAGUAUUUUGCUAUAAAAUGGAAGUAGAAUACGAAGAUUCCGGCUGGCAGGGCCGCGCUAAAGGGCAGGCAAAUCCGGAGGUAACUGGAAACACGGCGUGGCGGGAAAACCCGGUGCCGGUGACGCCACUGGAAAUGCUCGAAGACAAUCCGCAAAAGACAAUUCAAGAAUGCCUGGAAAAGUUCCUCACACCGGACUACAUUAUGGAACCGGGCAUCUUCACGCAACUGAAGCGAUACUUCCAAUCUGGCGGAUCUCCCGAGGAGGUUAUAUCAAUGCUAUCGGAAAACUACAAGGCGGUGGCACAAAUGGCCAACCUUCUCGCCGAAUGGCUAAUCCUGGCCGGCGUAAAAGUGACCGAGGUGCAGGCCAUGGUUGAAAAUCAUCUGAAGGAAAUGAUCCUGAAGUCCUUUGAUCCGAAGAAAGCGGAUACCAUCUUCACGGAGGAGGGUGAAACGCCCGACUGGCUCACCGAAAUGAUUGAUCAUUACACAUGGCGUUCCCUGAUUUACCGAUUAGCAGAGGAAUAUCCCGACUGCCUUAUGCUGAACUUUACCAUCAAAUUAAUAUCGGAUGCGGGUUUCCAGAGCGAAAUCACCUCAAUAUCAACGGCAGCCCAGCAAAUUGAGGUUUUCUCGCGGGUUCUCAAGACCUCGAUUGUCAAGUUUCUGAACAAUCCGGAUGAUGUGCACGGCGCCAUUCAGGAGUGCGCUCGCAUGGUCUGCCACGGUCAGCACACCUAUGUCUACUCCCAGGUGCUGAUUCAGGUGCUCAGCCAGGAGCAGAAAGGUGGAUUCAAUAUGAAGCGGCUCUCUCAGGAAAUCAUUAAAUACGCUCUGCAGAACAAUCAAAACGUAACUCCAAUCACAAUGGCUUUAAAUGGUUCAGCAGUUUAUCCCCAAGCCUGUCAAGCCUUAACUUCGAUGCUUACCCGCAAUACACUUAAUCCCGCCGAUAUUACCGUGCUCUUCCGAAACUAUUCUGGAUCCGAUCCGCCGCCCAUAGACUUAAUACGGAACCCGCAAUUCCUGGAGCUCCUGGUGGACGCCCUCUUUCGUUCCGGCGUUAAGAUUAAUCCAGAGCACAAGCCGAAGUACAUGUUUCUGCUGGCCUACGCGUCAGCUGUUAUCGAUCAGCCGGCCAAAAAGCGUCCGAUGACCGAACGCAUGCUGAACAAGGAGGAGCUGAAGAGCACAAUUCAAGCGAUUGAAAAGGCUCAUACCAUUUGCAAUGUGGAUCAGGGAUCCACCGAAUUAAUUGCCGAAUUGCAGACGCUAUACAAUUGCAUCAAAUAUCCAGUUGUGGGAGUUGGUGUGAUUCGGUGGAUUGAGAAUGUUGUUAUGGAGCCAUCGUAUUUCAAGCUUUCCACCGACAGUUGUCCCACGCAUCUGGCAGUUCUCGAUGAGGUGGCCGCGGUGCAUCCCACGCUGCAGCAGCAGAUUCUAUUCCUGCUCAUCCGUCUAUUCGAAUCGAAACAAGACGAACUGGAGAUCCUUGUCCAACUGGAGAUGAAGAAGAUGAUCUUGGAUCGAAUGGUUAAUCUGCUAACUCGCGGCUGCGUUGUUCCCGUACUGCGGUACAUCAAACAGUGUUGCGCCAUCGAGGAUACGGACAUUUCCCUCAUCCGUUACUUCGUCACCGAAGUUCUGGAGACCAUCACACAUCCCUAUUCGCCGGAAUUCGUUCAACUCUUCCUGCCGAUGGUGGAAAACGAGGAGAUCACCGGCACAAUGCGCGGCGAAGGCGACAACGAUCCCGUUUCCGAAUUUAUUGUUCACUGUAAGGCGCACUACACAACUGUAUAGAACAUGGCAAUAGAAUAUGUUUAAGUCGCGAAUACCGUUCGAUAUGGCCUUCAAAAAUGCCCAACUUCAAAUAACUAUUUUAAGUACAAACAAUCAAUUGCUUUUCAAUGAAGUUCCAUUCAGAGUUUUUAUGAAAGAAAUUCUAAAUGGUAAUUUCAUAAAGGAAAUUCUCUUACAAUAUUAUUGAAUGAAAAUUUUAGCAACAAAUAACUUAAUUUCAAAUAUUUAAUUAAGCGAAAUGGUUUGUUUCUGAAUAAUUUUCAUAAAUUUAGUCUAAGCUCAAAAUGUAUAAUCUUAAGAACAAGCUUUAUUACUUUUUUAAACCCAUUUUACACCUUUCUUUACAUUGCAUAACGUCUACAAAAUUAAUCAGUUAAUUGCGAACUACAAAUAUAUUGAAUCAAAAAAAAAAAAAACAAAAAAUAGGUUUAAGGAAAAAGUAAAUUGUAUAAAUUCUAAUAAAUUGUAUGCUUUGUUAAUGCUAUAUAAUAACUGAACUUUUAGAAUAAGAAUGACAAUAGAAAAAAUAAAUAUAUUUAGGCAUUAAGAUAAAUCACUUUGUAAGUAUUUUUCUGGCGACUAUUCUUCACAUUUUUGGAUUACCCAGAAUUUGAUAAUUG